CCCUUUUCUUCCCGCUCGCAUUUCUUCACUCUCAUUUUUGAAACGAGACGUCCCAUCUGGAUAUGGCUUCGUCUUCUCGUUCUUCGAAGGCUGCCCCGACUAUAUCACUCCCUCUGCCUCUGCAGAAGAAGACACCAACUACCGCUUCGAUAACGCCUGUCAAUGUCACAUCUAAAUCAUUGACUUCAUCUUCGCGCACGCAUGCUUCGCCCCUUCACCGCUUCUACUAUGAUGCUAUGGACAUGAAGACUACAGCCAAUACAAAGCACAAGUCCAACAAUGCAUUGGUCACGUCUGUCAAUGCGAAACGGAACAAGAAGCGAGAGCGUCAAGUCGAUGCUGAUGAGAACGAGAGUGUGGAUAGGGAGACGACGGAGAGGACGGGAGUUCGUCCUCGUGUGCGUCAACGGUUGAGAUCUGUGUCGUCCGUGGAGACGAUCAGAGCGCAGAGCCCUGAACGAUCUGAGAAAUUCAGAUUGUCUCAUCAGUCGAGCACUUCGACGCUGCGCAGCCCGAGCAGGUCGACAACUCCUCUAGGUGUCCUCAGUGACUCGAGCUUCAACCAAUCGUCUUCCGACUCAGACCCAGUAGUUCCGACAACCGGGACGCCACGAACCUUACGGAGAGUUGGUGCAGUCAUUUUCAAGAAGUCGGCAGAGACUGCUCCUGAGCUCUCUUGCGCGACACCGACGACGACCAUUCCCGUCACUCAUUCCCGCAUUCCCCGUCUUGCAGUCGAACCCCAUCUUCCCUCCUCCGACUCUCCUGCUGUUCGUGAUAAUACCACGUCUUCAGCCCGUCCCACGCGAGGUAGUCUCAGUUCAUCCCCCAGAUCCGCCAAGACCAGUGCUAUCAGUGCUAUAAAGCGCCCAAUGACCGUUGCGCAGGCUAUGGCCGAGCUGGAAGCUAUCACGCGCAAUCAUGAGGAGGAUGAAGGCCGUGGAUCGUCAGAGGAUGGAGGUGAGGCCGGUCCUCCGUCACCGUCGGUUUCGCACUAUGCAGGGGGGUCUUCCAUUGGCCUUGCGACGUUGAAGGACCGAGAGCGAUACGAUCUGCGGUGUACUCUUCUGAAGAAACACAAUGACCUUUGGGAUAUGCAAGAUUCGGCAAUCCAUGCGUUGGAAGGUCUCCUCCUAUUGACCGACUACCAGUUCACCUCUGGAUCUUCGCAUCUCCCCCCUGCGCAUACGCUCAAUAUACAAUGUCAGACGCACGCCUAUGAAGGUCGCUUUUCGUCCGAAAACAACGACCUUCCUGUCUUCUUCACAGAAUUCCUCGGACAACGCCUCUCCAAAUCCGCCAUAAACUCCCUCUUACUCGAUCUGGCUUCCGCCAAUGCCUCUACUCCUGGCCUUGGCCCAGGCCCUGCCCUCGAUUUCAGCCCAGAUGGCGGUAUCGUGGUACAGAAGGAGUGGAAGUCUGUCGCGGAUUCUCAGGAUGGCAAGAGGCAGUGGUACGUCAAGUUCUGGAUCCCAGUCCCGGUGACGUUGUUCAAGAAGAUGGAAACGAGGAUGUUCACGGCAAAGGCGAAACUAAUGGUGGUCCAACACGAUGUCGAUGGGCGGGGAAGUUGCAAGACGAUCCCGGUCCUCUCUACAGUCGCCAAAGGUGACAUAUCUCACCUGAAGAAGCACAAGGAGAUGGCUGCGAAGAAGAAGCAGUCGCCUUAAUACCCCUCUAUAUCCCUAUACUCCCAACCUCGUUCGGUUCGGUUUUUUGCGGUCUCGAUUAUGAUGAUGAUACGUGUUCUGUCCCGGAGACGUGCACGAUGCUUGACGCACAUACUGUAUUGUUAGCCUCGUUGUCUGUUCAUUGCUUGUGUAUUUUCUUGCUUUUAUUAGCAC